AUUCUGGCGGCGCGCGUAAGGUCGGCUGCAUGUACGGCAAGAGCUGGUGGCGGCCGCUUAGCGAUGUUUCGUGUAGGGGCGGGGCGGACAACGAGCCGUCGACUCUCCUGACGCCAACCUAGACCGUGUACAGUGAUGUGUGCACUUUUUUUAGUGACUAGAUCAAAACAAUUACAUGCCAGUUGCCGAAAGUGUCCACGAGAUAAGAUGGCUACCGCUCUUCGGAAGGGUUUCGUUCUGUAUGUCCUUCAAGGGUAGGUCCUUAGCUGAUUUGCUCCACCGCUUUGGUGAAAUCGUAGGUGAAGGCCUGUCGUUUACCUCCCGACCUUGCUCCCGACACUGACGAUAUGGACACAGUAUGGCCCCAGAUAACCGGUACACCUCAGGGAGAAGACUUGUACUGUCGAUCCUAUGCCUACAAGCUAUUUGUCUUCAGGUUACCAGCGAGUGUGAUCAGACGUUUGUAAGUAGACCCGGAGGUCCAAUGAACGGAACAUUCUACGCUCCGGAUUUCGAGAACCCUCGUGGUCACUCAAGAAACUGCGUCUACACAUUUCUCGCGGGACCCGGACAAAGGGUUCAAGUUACCUUCAUCAGUUUCAACCUCAGAGGUCGACCGCCAGAUGGAGCUGCUGUUGGAGAUCUCCCUGCUUGUAUUCACGAAUACAUGGACAUUUAUGCGGAGGUGUUGCAACCGAAUCCAGCGGAAUUAGUGAAUACACCUUUUGGCGGAAGAUACUGUGGGCAAAUACGACCGAGAACAAGAGUAUCUCUUUAUAGGGCGAUGGCUCUCUCCUACCAUACGGAUAAGAAUGCUUCAACAAAUGAUAUAUUUAUGGGGAAAUAUGAGUUUAUUAAUGACACUGAAUUUGAAGUUGGUACGCCUUUAGCUGGAGGACCAUGUAAUUUUUUGGUUAAAGGAUCGGUGAAACACACAGGAUCAAUAUUAACGCCGACCUAUCCUGGUGCCUAUCCUAAAGCACUGCACUGCUCUUACCAAUUCCUUGGUAGUCCUGGAGAAAGAAUCCGACUGGAAUUUAGAGAUUUCGAUCUGUUUUUUGGAGGGCCUCAUUGUCCUUUUGACUAUGUGAAAGUCUACGAUGGACCGGAUAAUAGUUCAGCUGUGAUUGGUACCUAUUGUGGUCAACAACGUAAUUUAGUAAUUUAUUCGUCAGAAUCCACCCUUCUUGUUGCAUUCGUCACCCUCCCACGCACUGCCAAUACUCAAAACCGAGGAUUCAAAGGAAUUUUUGAGUUCUCAAAUUCAUUCACUAAACUAGAUUUCAUAAAAAACGAUGGGGAGCACAUCCGAGGUACCGAGUGUGAUCAAAAAAUUCUGAGUAAAAAAGAAUCCAGCGGCGUUGUCGUUAGUCCAAACUAUCCAUUUCCAUAUAUGCCUAAAUUGGUUUGCAGAUAUUUCAUAUAUGGUAUGCAAGAUUCCCAACACUUGGAAAGGGUGCGGUUGGAUUUUGUGAUGUUCGAAGUACCAAAAGGACCCAAAGGAGAUUGUUCCGAUGGAUAUUUGAAAAUCUACUUAAAAGGCCAGGAGACUACGGAUUCAUAUGACAAGUUCGACUAUGAAAUGUGCGGAGAAAAUACGAAACCUACACUCGUGGUUUCCGAUGGUCCCAGAUUAGUGAUGGUGUUCAGUAGUGGAGAACUUAUGGGUCGGGGUUUCAAAGCCAACUAUUCUUUUGAGACUGAAUAUAGAAUUCCUGGUACUGCAGCACCGGAUGGUUCCUGUUCGUUCACGUAUUUGAGCACCAGUAAAAAGAAGGGGGAAUUCAAUUCUCCUCGAUAUCCUUCGAAUUAUCCAAGCGACACCAAUUGCACCUAUCUCUUUUUGGCCACUAAUAACGAACAGGUCACUUUAGUUUUUGACAAUUUCAAAAUACGCGCAGACGGUGUUAAUGCAUCUAUUGGUUCCUAUGGAACUACUCUUUGUCAAGAAGAUUGGAUCGAAAUAUUUAACGUCUACCGUGAUGGUUCAGAAACGAAAAUUGGGAGAUAUUGUCAAACAUCCGCACCUGGACCCAUAGAAUCUCCAAGAGGCGCUACUGGACUGAAAAUUGUCCUUCAUUCGGAUUCUGAAGGCGUUUAUAGCGGUUUCAAAGCAAGGUAUAGUUUCGACACUGCCAAAUCUAUUUUUGGCGAUUGCGGUGGUAAUGUUAGUAGUUUGGAUUCAGGCGAAAUUAGUAGUCCCAAUUUUCCGAAAAAUUACGAAGCUCCGUCAAAGAAUCAAACUUCGAGAAGCUGCAACUGGUAUAUUACUGUCAGACCGAAAUAUAAAGUGUUGUUGGUUUUCGAGAAGUUUGGAAUUGAGGGAGAUCCUCAAACGCGAGGAUGUCCUGCUGCGGUAUUUAGGCUGUGGACUGAUGUUUCCUCUACCCCCAUCGAACUUUGUGGUGAAAAAGGUAUAAACGAUAAGUGGCAGUACGUUUCUACGUCCAAUGCGAUGAGGUUUAGCUUCAUAACGGCUGACAAAGCUGUUGGUGCUCAAGGAUUUCGAGCGGUCUGGACUGAAGUGAUAGAAGGACCAAGCUGCGACGAAUUCCAAUGCGUUAAGUCGGGGUUCUGCAUUCCUGACAAAUUACGGUGUAACAAGGUCAAUAAUUGUGGAGCAGACGACGAAUCAGACGAGGAGGAUUGCACGUCAAACGAACAAUCUAAAGAGAAAUUUCGUCUUUCCUGGUUAAUAGCCAUCGCCGUUAUUUUGCUCAUAUUGGUAUUCCUUUGCAUCAUUUGCCACAGAAAAAGAAGAAGACGUCGAAGAAGAGCAUUGCAUCGUUCUAUAAAUGUCCCAGCCGUCCCGGGGACAUCGCGUCAACCUCCGAUCCACUUUUGCGAAGAAUUAGGCGAACGAUUCGCGUCCGUGGACAGUGUCUGAUGAUGGUUGAAGGCGCCACUUUCGAAACGUUACCUUGCAUUUACUUUUAAGUUGUCAGCAAUAUUAUCGAGAAAACAGGGUCUGAAUAUUGAUCUAUCUAAUCGACUGAAUUAGUUAUGAGUUUAAAUUAUGCAUACAUUUUUCCAUAUUAGUUUACAAAUUUCAACAAAAUGGAAAAUUAGAUUUUAGAAAGAAAUUGUGCAUUUGUCUUUAACAAAAUUGAAAAACAACGCCUCUUAAAUGAUAAAAUAAGUCUCAAAAUACAGGUAGUCAUUAUUUUCUUUUUAGUCAAACUUUGUCGCUCAUUUUAUUGUGAGAGAGGAUCUACAUUACUUUGACCGUUCAUAGGUGUCGUACCUCUAAUAUUAAUAGUCUUCAAAAACUGUCUAAGAAACGUAAUUCUCUUCAUAUUGUGGCUCUUGUUCAACAUUUUUGGGAAACUGCGAUGAAUGUCAACAGUUCUUCAUCCCCCAACUUCUAAAUAAAAAACUAAUAUCAUUUCACAAUUCAAUGGAAUUCGAAUCGUUAAUUGCCUGUAGCUUGGACACGACUGAGGGAUUUGAGCCAGCACUGAAGUUAGUUGUAGCGAUUGAGCGUGCAAUUUACAACACCAAAAAUGGCUUCUCGUAACUUCGCAAUUAGUUAAUCUCACUAUAAAAAAACAACCUCAAUACCGAGAUGGUCAACAACAUCGGCCAGAUUGCAAGUUCUACUUUGUUUUUGUUAGAUUUAUCAAGAUUCUUUUCACGCAAAUAGUUGGUUAAAAAAAUUUCUUCAUGUAUUCCUUUCGUGAUUUUUUGAGUGUAAUGAGUACUUUCAUUAUAUAAUACAAACAAAUAUUGCUUGGCAAAAAACAAAAUUAGGAUAUUCUCACAUUCCAAUUCGAUGAUGUUGCCUAGAGUAUUGUUAGUUAUUGUCCAAUUUAAACUUAGUUUGUUCUCCAAUAAACAUAUUAGUGAUUUGAUAGAUGUCAUAUAAAUCUAUCACAGUUUGUUGGAGAAAUUGAUUCCAACGAUAAAGCUACAUGAAACUCUAGCUAAUGACAAUUUUUUUCCUCUUACGUUUUUAAAAUUUGUUCGUAGGUACUUGAAAAACAUGGCUUAAAUUUUAUGAGAACUUUCAACCAUCAAUAAUUCUUAUAAUCUAACUUUAAAACCUACAUUUUCUCUUCUUAUCAAAUCUCAUAAAAUAAUUAGUAAUUUUAUUUUUCCACUUGAAAUAUUGAUUAAUUAUGAUCUAGAUGAAUAACACAGGUUUGUUAUAUGGCUUUCAAUAUGUUCUAAAGAACAUUUGAAAUAAUAUCUAGUAUAUUCUUUUGAAUUAUGUAGUUGAAACAAUGCAGUAGUUUCCACCGGGUGUUAAUUAUCAUAUGUCACGCUAAUUAGAUAUUAUGAUUAAUUUCUUUAAAACCCUUUCGUGGAUUGUAUAUUGAAGAUAUUAUUCAGAUGGUACUGUUUGGAAUCCACAAAACGUUGUACACGCACCACUGGUGCAUUAAUGACGCAGUUCUUCCAUUCUAUGUUUACCUCUUCAAGUAUCGAACAAAACAGCUGGUGUUUCUUAUGGCUACACUAAAUUUGAUACCGUAAUUCUACUGAAGGUGACCGGAUACUUUUAAUACGCGCAUUCUUCAUUGUUAAGAUUUUUAAUAAUAUUACAAACCAUGGUAGAAAUUUCUCGUAGGUUUGAUGGAAUGUUUGAUAUCAGUCAUGAACGAGAUCAAUUGGGAAGCUUUGAUUCUGGUUAAGAUAGAUAUACUGAUAUAGGAAUCGUUUCCUUUGCAUGGUUUGGAUUGGAAUGUUCAAACGUUCAAGAGUUUAAAUUGAGCUAUUUUUUCUCUGUAUUUUAUGGAAGCUCAACCCAAAUGUUUAAAUAGUUAUUCACAGUUUAAUACAUGUUUUUGCAGCAUCAAAUGUUGUUCUUCAUUUCUUUAUGCAUCUGUUUGUUUCCGGCAAGUUUUAUCAAACUUUGCAUAUCUCGUAUAAUCUGAUCUUCUUGGCAAUCUUUUCUCGCUGGAUCUCCAAUCUGGUUAUUUUUCUCAUUCCCUGGCGUAGAAUUUUUGAUUUAAUUGCAUUUUCUAAUAUAUUCUUGGUCCAUGAAUUUUCCUAAUUAUUAUUCUCAGUUGUUUUUGAACCAUAUUUGUUAGAUUAGACCAGAAAUUGGCAAGAGGCAAUUGGAGCUAUAGGAAACCCAAAGAUAUCUCAAGGGUAGCGACGCCAAGAAUCUAUAGGAUAGUUAUACGUGAAGAGAUGAGAUGCAUGUAAGAUAGGAGUGUUAAAAUUUUUUUAAAGGAUACAACUGGACCAAGAUGAAUUGAGAAGAAGAACGAGUAGGUAUAUAGAUUAGAGGAUUAUAUGGUCAGGCAGAGAUCGGCUAUAGUGACAAAAAGACUGCGUUGGCUGGAGAGCUAAGAUGAAAGGAAAUAGAACGAUGGAAAGAGCCUUAACAAGUGAAGAA